CUCCACUCAAUGCCAUAACUCACGUGUGUCGAAAGUGCGAAUCAGAAGUCCACUUCAGCCUGAAAAAAGAAGAAGAAGAAUAUGCCCAGUUUGAUCCACAGGAACGCUGCGUUACCAAUGUCCGUUACAACUUCGGUACGGUUUCCUUCGAUAUUCCAGACGGUAACGAUCUCACCAUGGAACUGACCGGAGAGCAGCUGAAAAUGACUGAGACCCAGCUGAAACGAUAUUUACCUCGGUCACAACAGGUUUAUGGUUUUCUGGUCCUCCGAAACAGAGUCAGACCAGACUCUGUGAGGGUUUUAGUGGACAGAUGGCCAGAGUUUAAUGUCAUUGUGUGCAAACCACAAUACGAACAGAAGGGGGAUCUCUUCAAAGACACACUGGUUUUUGCAAAAGAUGAAGCUAUUCUCAAAGAAACCAUUAGGAAGUCCUCGGUUAUUGACUGGACCCAAUACCUUUGUCUCGGAAUCAAUCUUUGCCACUCGGAGAUAUUUCAAGCAGUGGCAUCAGAAAAAGGCGUGUCCAGCAGAAAACUGGCAGUGUGUCACAUGAUGAUACUGGAGGAUGUAUCCAACCUUCCCCCUAUAGACAGCUCCGGGAUCUCACUUAGCUCUCUGGAUGAAUCCCACGUCAGCUUGGUGAAUCAGAUGUGGAAGUUUGGAAAGAACGAGGGUGGGGCCAGGAUGAUCCGGAACAUGAUAGCGAACUUCCCCUCCUGCUGCGUGCUGGAUGCAGAAGGAAAGCCUGUGUCCUGGAUCCUGACGUAUGCGUCAUGUGCAAUGGGCAUGUUGUACACUCUGCCAGAACACAGAGGGAAAAGCUACGCCAAAGUCCUGGCCAGCACAAUGGCCAAGAGAUUCCACGCUCAGGGCUACCCAGUGUACUGCUUCAUAGAGGAGGAGAAUGACGUCUCCUACAGGCUCUUUAGAAGCCUGGGCUUCACUGAGGACCCCUCAUACAGGGAAGCCUGGUUUGAAUUCAAUGAUUUUUUUACCUCAUAGAAGACGCCCCGUAAAAGUUGCCCUCAGCAUUGAAAGGGGAAAGGUUAUAUAAAAACGCUAGUCAGAAAUCAAGGUUAAAAGGCAUAUGUUUUUACCCUCCUACUGCAUGUGAGCAUGGUAUAUUUUCAGUUUAGCUUCAUUUGCCUUAAACUGAAAUGACCAUGCUUCAUGGACAUGGCCUUAAAGACUUCUCUUCACACAUCUCAUCUCUUUUCCGCAAAAACACUUGAUGCAGGACUGGAUCUAAAA